AUGCCUGAGCCCAAAUGUGACUCCUGUGGCGGAGAAGAGUUCCGCACUAUAGAAGAAGACAUAUCGGAGGUGCUAGAGCAUAUACCUGAAAAAUUCAAGGUAAUAAGAUAUAUAAGACCAAGAUGUGCUUGUAUAAAAUGUGAUAAUAUUAUGCAGGCUUACGCUCCAUCAAAAGUAAUAGAUGAAGGAAAUGUAGGUCCUGGAUUACUUGCCCAUAUAGUUGUAAAUAAAUACUGUAACCACUUGCCUGCGUAUCGUCAAUCCCAGAUAUAUGAGAGAGAAGGAGUAGAUUUACCAAGAUCAACAAUAUCCGGUUGGUUGGGAGGGGGAGCAAAAUUACUUGAACCAUUAGCUAAAAAGAUACAGGAAUAUAUAUUUAAAGCCGGUCAAAUUUAUGGAGAUGAUACUCCGGUAAAGGUGCUGGAACCUGGAAUCGGUCAAACCAAAACCGAAAGAAGAAAAGGGGAUGAAUACCUGAUAGCGGCUUGUUACUUUUAUAGUCCUGAUAGGUUUAAAGUUCGCCGGCAAAAAUCAAAAGGGUUAGUAGAUAAACUAUUUGUUGGACUUAAUAAAGCAUAUAAACAAUUAACGAAUAAAAGUUCUACUUCUAAGGCUAUCAAAUAUGCUCUUAAUAAUGAGACAGCAUUAAGGAGAUUCCUAGAUAACGGCAAUAUUGAAAUAGAUAAUAAUGCCGCAGAACGAGCACUCAGAGCUGUUGCUAUCGGCAGGAAAAACGGCUUUUAUGCUGGUUCUGAUAAAGGCGGUAAUACUGCAGCCAUCUUCUAUACCUUAAGUGAAACAGCAAAACCUAAAUAA